CCACGGACUUUGGAGGGAUCAGCCCAAGCGGCGGUGACUGGGGGGGGCCCCGGUGACCGCUCGGAUAGAGCUAGAGGCAAGAAAGGCUUCUACUGUAACCAGGGCAACAGGUGGCGUUUAACCGAAGCUCUCCGAAACCUCCGUGUGCGUGCACAAUUAGUCAACAGCUUAUGUUUUUUAUUUAUCUUGAAGUCACAGUCUUAUCCUAAAUAUAUAUAUAUUUUAGCUGAACUUGCUUGCUUUAAAUAAAUAAUCACAUAGAUCCCUAUAUUUAUUUACUGUAAAUGCGUAUUUUUCUAAGUCAGCCAACGUUAAUGCCCCAAAGUUUUUUUUUAUAAAAUCGCCUAAAGGUUAUAUUUUUAAAAAAUGUCCAACGUUUUUGAAACUGAAUACGAGAAGAACCCAGCGCCCUGUGGCGAUAUUGCGGCACUGACCGGCAGAUCGUCCCUCGAUUUGUCAGAAGUCUCCAGAUCGUUAGAAAGGGCUCGUGGACAUUUUUCAUCUACUGACUGUCGGUCUUGUCAGUCAAGUCUGCAUGCCUCAGAAGCUGGAAAAGAACAAUUUACAUUGUGUAAAUACAUUUCUGAUAGCAGAAGACCAAGCAAAAACUUAGAGAAAUUGAGGAAAGAACUAGAAAGACAGACGAAAGAAACCAAGAUACUUCAGGAAGAAGUAGAGCUUGCUACCAAAUUAACGAUGGACAAAUUCAAUUGGAAUUUCAAUGAGGGUAGAAGUUGUGAUCACAAUGAAUUCUCAACUAGCCCUAAUGACCAGUCAGAACCAGACCGUUCUUUUACAACAACCUUCACAAAUAUGAAAUCUCCUUUUCGUAGUUCCGUACUUCAGGCUUCUAUUUCAAAAGCCCAUCGUCACAAAUCACCGCAGACUACUAAAUAUGACCUGGAUUUGGUCGUAUCCAGAAGGAACAUCCCGUCCUCUGGACUGCCAUGUGUGGAGAAGUCAAUGGAUGACUGUGCACAUGAGAUGGAAGAACAGCUGGAAAACCUGAAAACUGAAUCGCAAAACCAAACUGAAGCUUUGCUUAAGCAACAAGAAGACCGAAUAGAGCAGCUGAAUCAUGAACAUGAGGAAGAAUUGUCAGCACUAACUGGAAAAGUAAACCUUUCUCACAGCUUUGCCACAAAUUUCCAGAGCCAAGUGGAGGCAAUACAAGAGCAGGCAAAGAAUCAGAGCACAAUGUACUCGCGACAGCUUACAGAAUUGGAGAGCACAGUCUGCCAUCUGCGAUCUGAAUUACAAGAAGCAAAAAGGAUGUAUGAAAACAAGAUAGAGAACUUGGAAAAGCAAGUAGAAAAAUCUCAUUGCGAGAUUUAUAAUUGCAAGAGAGAAAGAGAUGAAUUCAGGCAGCAGGUAGAAAGCACAAAUGGCCGACUCCAACUUUUAAUGGCUGACUAUUGUAAAAUUGAAGAGGACCUCAAAGUGGCAAAAGAACAAAACCAGAAGCUGUGGGAACGUGGCACAAGUAAUAGUCUCUCUGUUGAAAACUUGGAGCAGGAAUUGGAAUGCAAAAAUCAAGAAAUUCUGCGGCUUGACGGUAUGAUAAACUCUCUGAAGGAGCAGUACCAGCAUCAAUUGCAGUGUCAGGCAUCAUUAGAGGAACAAAGAAAUGAUGACCAAGAAAAAAUCAAGAACUUAGUCAAACAGUAUGAGAACUGUAAAGAACAGCUUUGUAAUACUGGAGAGGAGCUUAAUAAGAAGAAACAGCAACUUGAAAAAACAGAAAUAACCAUCUGUCAGUUGGGGGAGAAAAUAAAAGAAAAAGACAGAUGUCUGGAAAAUGAAAUUGCAGAAAAAGGUAAACUGCAACAUGAAAUUGAUGAAAAGUGCCAAAAAAUUCAUAGGAUGAAAAUAGCAGAAGAGACCAUUUGUGAUCAGUUUGAAGAAGCAGUUACCCACUUAAAGAAAAUGCAGUGUGAUAACGAUUCACUGAAAAUGGAGUUGAAUGAGAAAAACAAGAUGCUUGCCACUUUGCGACAAGAAAUGGAAAGCAUUUCUGAAAUGACAUCACAACAGAGUUGUGCAUCUGAGGCACUAGAGCGUGAAAGAAAACAACUUCAGUCCGAAGUAGAUUGUCAAAACCAGAAGAUUCAAGAGUUAAAGACUGAAUUGGAACACAAAGAAACUCAGAUGAUAGAACUAAAGGCACAUCUCUCUGAGGUGGAAAAGGAGAAAAUUAAAUUGGUAAAUUCUGCAACUCAGCAAAUGUCUGAAUUGAGAGACUUGUUACAGGAAAAGGAAGUGCUUGCAAAUGAAUUAAAUCUUAUCCAGAGUCAAAUGGCUGAACUGAAAGAGGAGUAUGAAAAUUUGCAGAGGACCUACACAUGCAAAACUGAAGAAUAUGAUUGGGCUACAAACAAACUUAAAGCUCAGCUGAAAUCAACCCAAAAUGAUCUUGAGCAAACCAGGGAGGCGAUGAAAGUACUCGAAGGAGCAGAUACCCACGCGAUGAAAGUUGCAGUAGGAAUGCAAAAGCAGAUCACAGCCAAGCGUGGACAGAUUGAUGCACUUCAGAGCAAGAUCCAAUACCUAGAAGAAGCCUUACAGAAUUCUGAAAGGGAGAAAUGCUACCUAAAAGAAGAGAAGGUUCGCCUAACUAAGGAACUUGCCUGUAUAGUAUCGGAAAGAAACAAAAUUGCUGGAGAGCUUGAUACCCUAAAAUCUCAAGAAAAAUGUUUGAAGGAAAAACUAGUUAGACUGGAGUCAGCAUUAGAGAAGGCCUGUCUUAGAUUUUCUGAUUGUCAGUCAGUUAUUCAGCGUCAGGAGCAGGACUUCAUGCGCUUAAAGCUGCAGCAUGCCUUGGAAGUAAAGGAGCUACAAGGUCCAGGUUUUAAUACUGGUCAAUGUUCAAAUACUCGAGUCUAUUCCCCUCCAGUUUGUGUUAAUCCAACAUCUUCCCGGCCAUCAUCAGGAUACCUCUCUUCUGCUGUGUCCAAGACCAGUUGUCUUCAAGAGGACUUGAACCCUGAUUUGAAAAAUCUUCUAAUGGAUCUUAAGAGUACAGCCUGUGAUGGGUGUAACAGAUCAAACAGCAUAAAUUACACUGAAUGUGAAGGAGAAAGAACAUCACGAAAUAUGCAUGCGGUGGAUGAUUUGAAUACAGACAUUUGUAUGGAAAGUGGAACACAUGAUACCUGCUUCAGGGAUCGAUCGUGUACUCAGGAUGCAAAAGAAACCUUCAAAUCUGACCAUUUUGCUUGCCCUGCAAACCACUCAUUACAGACGAGUGGUCUGUGCUACACCUCCUCCCCCAAGCAUCAGAGUCCAGAAAGAUCACCAGUAUCUUCCUUGCUAACUGGUUCACUGUGCGAAUAUAGAAGGGAAAACUCGGUUGUUAAUGACCUAUGCUGUUCAAGGACCAGCUACAUGUCAUCACCAUAUUUGGAAAAUGAACUUCACUUCCAAAAUAACAAUACUGACCAGAUGGAUGUCGCAGGGCAGGCCUGCAAGAAACUGCAGAACAAGCUGGAUGGUCUGCAAAACUUGGUGGAAGAUCUUCAGCUGAAGAAUCAUGAAAUGUCCUCCAUGAUCAGAAACCAAGAGAAGAGGAUAAAAAGAGUAAAAGACAGAGAGAAAAUGCUCAAAAAGUGAAGUCCAUGUUUCUGCAUUUUAUUCUUUUGACUUGCUG